AUGUCACCGAGUCUGAGCUGCUCAAAUGCAAGGAUGAGGUUCAAUUUUGGCUUCGAAGCUUGUCAAGUGGGUGGAGAAAAGCUGAAAGAUGUAGCUGUGCUGAAGAGGAAAGGUGAUUCCUACAAAGAGGUGGCGAACAAGCAGCUUCCCGAUGCUGUCGAAGAGAAGCCUCUUACAUUAGCUGUGGGCAGGGACUUGGUGUUGGAGAAGGUCUUGAGUAGCAAGAAAUUCAUGCUGUUGUUGGAUGAUAUUUGGAAAUGGUUGGAUCUAGAUAAGGUCGGAAUUCCUCAUCCAAGCAGCCAAAACAUGAGCAAGGUCAUUUUCACUCCACGAUUUGAGGACGUCUGUGGCCACAUGACCGCCGACAAGAAGAUCAAAGUAGAAUGUCUCCCAGAGCAAGAAGCAAUGAAUCUAUUUCUACGGAAUGUUGGUGAAGAGGCCAUGAAAUCCCAUCCGGAGACACCAAUCCUUGCCAAGAGCGUUGAUAAAGAGUGCAAGGGUCUGCCCCUUGCACUCAUCACCAUUGGGCGAGCCAUGUCAUAUAAGAAGACACCACAGGAAUGGAAGCAUGCAAUAUCAGUUCUGAGCACAAGCAAGCCACCAUCGGAGAUAUCAGGUAUGAAUGAUAAAAUGCUUUUGCGCUUGAAAUACAGUUAUGAUAAUCUUGGUGGUGACACGAUUAAAUCGUGUUUCCUCGAGGGAUUCUUAGAUGGGUGGGAUGAUGAUCUUGAUACAGUCCAUAACAAGGGACAUGAUAUCAUUGGAAGAUUAAAGGCUGCAUGCUUGUUGGAGAGUGGUUCUGAUGAAGAAAGAGAGGUAAAGUUGCAUGACGUGAUACGUGAUCUGGCGUUAUGGAUAGCUUCUGAGUGCGGGAAGAAUAAGAAGAGGUUUUUGGUGAGAGCUGGCGUGGGACUGACGCAUGCACCAGAUGUUGAAAGGUGGAAGGAGGCCGAGAGGAUAUCUCUAAUGAAUAAUGGCAUAAAAGAAGUAACAGAGACACCUCAAUGCCCCAACCUCUUAACCUUGAUGCCCCAAUGGAAUCGGGAUUUUGGAAAGGUCCACACUGAUUUUUUUCAGUUCAUGCCUCUUCUCAGGGUCUUGGAUCUGUCAGGUAAUUCAUUUUUAAAGGAGCUUCCUGUGGGGAACGGUAACUUGGCAGAGCUACGAUAUCUCAAUCUAUUAAACACGAAGAUCAAAGUAUUGCCUGAAGAGAUGGGAAAUCUGGUAAAGCUGAAGCACCUGGACUUGGAGUUGACAACUCGUUUGCACACAAUUCCUCAAGGGGCAAUCUCCAGGCUUUCUGAAUUAACAGUAAUGAACCUACAUUAUAGUUAUUCAGAGUGGGAAGAAGGGAGUGAGGGAUUAAAUAUGAGUGAGUUGGAAGGCCUCGAACGUUUAAACCAUCUUAAUAUCACCUUAUCAAAUGUGCAUGCUCUUGAAAGGUUGCUCUGCUCUAGCAAGCUACGGAACGUGACUCGGUAUCUACUUCUGAACAGAUGUGAGGAUCUGACUAUCUCCAACCAACUAUCAUCCCUUUUUACUGCAAUGAAAAGUCUUCCAGAGCUUACUUUUAAUCGCUGCAAUGGGUUGGUGGAGGUGAUGAUUAGUGUGGAUGCGAAGAAGGGCAAUGAUUAUCCUGUUUCGAGCCUAGAAUGGCUUGUCCUUUGGCAACUCCCCCACUUAAAUUGCAUUCAGGUGGGCCGCGGAUGCUUCAGAAACCUUCUCACCAUAAAGAUUUUCUCAUGUUUCAAGUUGAAGAAAAUUUAUGGCUUACUACAACUUGAAAGUAUUGAAAAAAUUGAGAUAGAACAGGCCAAUGAGCUAGAAGAAGUAAUAGAUACGGCCAUUGCUGAUGGUACCCUCAUCUGUAGUGGACCUGAUGCAGAGCAGCAGCUGCUGCAUUAA